AUGUCUUCUGAUCAAUCCAUUGGCACGGCCGCCACGGCCAGAGUCAACACGCCUUUCAUCACCUACAACGGCCUUGACCCUAUCAAGAAGGCCGUCCUCGACAAGAUCCCAGUCGGCUGUCUUCGUGACAAGACUGAUGGCGAAGUCUCUCGCGCCAUGACCUUUGCCAACAAGGUUCCCAAGCUCGAAGUGCACAACAAUGGGACCACAACCUUCCACUCUUGGGUCAAGAUGAUGGAACCCACCCUUCGCAUCUUCGCACGCAACAGAGCAGAAGGGAUCAUCAAGGACACCGCUGAAGGGAGCGUCGAGGCUUACCAGCGCUACUUCGGAUACCCUUGGACCCCUCGCGAUGGAUACGACAAGGCGGAGCUCCUUGAAUACAGCUUGGCCAAGGAUCAGCGCGAACAGGAUGACAUCCAGAUUGGUAACAUCAUCAUCGCCACACUCGACCGCAAGGUGAUCCUCUCUAUCCUUGAUGGAUCCCCCGAAGCAGGCAGUGGCAAGGCACUUUGGAAGAAGAUUCACGCACGCUUCCUCGCUAAAGGCCCCGGCGCUCGCACCAUGGUCAACACCGCGCUCAUCACGUACAACUCCACCAAUAAGUCUGUCGAGACAAUCAUCAACGAACUUCGAGCGAUCUUCGAGCACUGGUUGAUGACCGUGGGCACCGAGAUCGACGAGCAAGACAAGGUGUCACACCUACUCCGUGUCCUUCCACCCCACCUCAGCCACUUCGUUGCUAUUGUGGGAGACCAACUUCAGAGGGACGGCACAGUCACCUUCGACGACGUGGCGCGACGUGCGCUCUACCAAGACCAGAUGAGGCUCAACCAAGAGCAGCAGAUGCAAUGGCGCAACGCCAUCCCAGCCAUGGAUACUGGCAACCAAGUCCCCCGACUUGCUAUUGGGUACUCUGCCCAGAACUCCCAACUCGUACCGACUGUAACGGAUUGCCUACCCGCCCUAAGUAUCGUAUUGUGACUCGUACAAGACUCUACCCGUAGCCGCGUAUAACUAACACACAAAAGCAACACAAAACAGACUCAUAGCUAUCCGACCCGUAUCACGUGCCCAGCUUCGUACGACCAGAUCUCUGAAAACUAUAAAACAUCUUCCCAGUAGCUCUUUUGUCUCUUAACUUCUUUGAUUCCUUC